GAGCUGAGAGGGCAGCGGUCCCGGGAGAGACGGCAGCCCUGAAGCGGGAGGACCCAGGCUCGGGGCACUGAGGUUGAACUGGCUGGAGCCGGAGCCCCAGGCCAGGCUGUCCUACGUGGAGGAGAUGGCGGCGACCGUGCAGGAAGGGAUGGAGCCCCGCGCUCUCCAGUAUGAACAGACCCUGAUGUAUGGCCGAUACACCCAGGACCUCGGAGCCUUUGCCAAGGAGGAGGCUGCCCGGAUCCGCCUGGGGGGUGCUGAGCCCUGGAAGGGGCCUCCUUCUCCCCGAGCACCCCCUGAGCUCCUGGAGUACGGACAGAGCCGCUGUGCCCGAUGCCGCAUCUGCUCUGUCCGCUGUCAUAAGUUCCUGAUCUCAAGGGUUGGUGAAGACUGGAUAUUCCUGGUGCUGCUGGGGCUGCUCAUGGCGCUGGUCAGCUGGGCCAUGGACUAUGCUAUUGCUGCCUGUCUGCAGGCCCAGCAGUGGAUGUCCCGAGGCUUGGACACCAGCCUCCUGCUGCAGUAUCUGGCCUGGGUCACCUAUCCUGUGGUCCUCAUCACCUUCUCAGCCGGAUUUACCCAAAUCCUGGCCCCUCAGGCUGUUGGCUCAGGGAUCCCAGAGAUGAAGACGAUUCUCAGGGGGGUUGUCCUGAAGGAAUAUCUCACACUCAAGACCUUUGUGGCCAAGGUCAUCGGCCUGACAUGUGCCCUGGGAAGCGGGCUGCCUCUCGGCAAGGAGGGCCCGUUUGUGCACAUUGCCAGCAUGUGUGCAGCCCUCCUCAGCAAAUUCCUCUCCCUCUUUGGGGGCAUCUAUGAGAACGAGUCCCGGAACACCGAGAUGCUGGCAGCCGCUUGUGCCGUGGGCGUCGGGUGCUGUUUUGCAGCUCCCAUUGGAGGCGUUCUGUUCAGCAUCGAGGUCACCUCCACCUUCUUCGCUGUCCGGAACUACUGGAGGGGCUUCUUUGCGGCCACCUUCAGCGCCUUCAUCUUCCGGGUUCUGGCCGUCUGGAAUCGGGACGAAGAGACCAUCACAGCCCUCUUCAAAACUCGAUUCCGGCUUGACUUCCCUUUUGACCUGCAGGAACUCCCGGCCUUUGCUGUCAUCGGAAUUGCAAGUGGCUUUGGGGGGGCCUUGUUUGUCUACCUGAACCGCAAAAUCGUCCAAGUGAUGCGGAAGCAAAAAACCAUCAACCGCUUUCUCAUGAAGAAGCGCCUGCUCUUCCCCGCUCUCGUGACCCUGCUCAUCUCCACCCUGACCUUCCCGCCUGGCUUUGGCCAGUUCAUGGCCGGACAGCUCUCACAGAAGGAGACCCUGGUCACUCUGUUCGACAACCGGACCUGGGUGCGGCAGGGCAUCGUCGAGGACCUGGAGGUGCCCAGCAUCGCCCAGGCCUGGAGCCCCCCCCGUGCCAACGUCUUCCUCACCCUGGUCAUCUUCAUCCUCAUGAAGUUCUGGAUGUCGGCUCUGGCCACCACCAUCCCUGUGCCCUGCGGGGCCUUCAUGCCCGUCUUCGUGAUCGGAGCAGCAUUCGGGCGCCUGGUGGGGGAGAGCAUGGCCGCUUGGUUCCCAGACGGGAUUCACACGGACAGCAGCACCUACCGGAUAGUUCCCGGGGGCUACGCAGUGGUCGGCGCAGCGGCGCUGGCAGGGGCCGUGACCCACACCGUCUCCACAGCGGUCAUCGUGUUUGAGCUGACCGGCCAGAUCGCUCACAUCCUGCCUGUCAUGAUUGCCGUCAUCCUGGCCAACGCGGUGGCCCAGAGCCUGCAGCCCUCCCUCUAUGACAGCAUCAUCCGCAUCAAGAAGCUGCCCUACCUGCCUGAGCUGGGCUGGGGCCGCCACCAGCAGUACCGAGUCCGGGUUGAGGACAUCAUGGUACGGGACGUCCCCCACAUUGCCCUGAACAGCACCUUCAGGGACCUGCGGAUGGCCUUGCACCGCACCAAGGGCCGGAGCCUGGCCCUCGUGGAGUCCACAGAAUCCAUGAUCCUGCUGGGCUCCAUGGAGCGCUCCCAAGUGGUGGCCCUGCUCAGCGCCCAGCUCAGCCCUGCUCGGCGCAGACAGCACCAACGGGACCAGCGGGCUGCCCAGGUCUCGCCGCCUCCAGAACAGAAGGACUCCCAGAGCCCAGAGACUGGUGUCCGCUUUCAGGUGAGCACUGAAGAAUCAGGCUUCUCUCCCACUCGGGGGGAGCCACGCAAGCCAUUGAAGCCGGCCCUGAAACGGGGGCCCAGCAGCGCCACCAGCCCUGGGGCAGAAAGCUCUCCUGGGGUCCAAGAGACGGCUGGCAUCGCCCUCAGGAGCCUCUUCUGCGCCAGUCCCCCAGCAGAGGGGAACUCGGAGUUGGAAAAGUCGGAACCAUGUGAAAAACGCAAGCUGAAGAGGGUCCGCAUUUCUGUGGCGAGUGACUCAGAUCUGGACAUCGAGAUGACGGCUGCCGAGAUUCUGGAAUGGGAGGAGCGGCAGCUAGAGGAGCCCGUGAACUUUAGUGACUGCAAGAUUGACCCGGCCCCGUUCCAGCUGGUGGAGAGGACGUCUCUGCACAAGACACACACCAUUUUCUCACUGCUGGGAGUGGACCACGCUUACGUCACUAGCAUCGGCCGCCUCAUCGGCAUCGUCACCCUGAAAGAGCUGCGGAAAGCCAUCGAGGGCUCUGUCACAGCCCAGGGCGUGAAAGUGAGGCCACCCUUGGCCAGCUUCCGAGACAGCGCGACCAGCAGCAGCGACACAGAAACCACGGAGGUCCACUCGCUGUGGGGCCGGCGCCCCCGCCAUAGCCUGCCCCAUGAGGGCAGCCCCUCGGACAGCGAUGACAAGUGCCAGUGAGUGUGGCGGGGGACGCCGGCAUCACCUCGGGCAGCCCCAGCUGCCGCCAAGUGCCUGCUCACUCUCCUGCCUCUUCCGGGAGGCCCCGGCCGUCUCCCCGCUAGGUGCCUGCCUCUCCCCUCCAGCCUGGAGCUGCCGGCUUCGCCCGGGGCAGCUCCCACAUGGAAUCGGGGUUGUGAGCAGGCAGCUGCUGGACUUUCCAGGGCAGAGAAGGGAUGGGCUGUCCAGCUGCUGCGCCAGUUCUGUAGAACAGGGCUGGCGUCGGGGAUAUCCUGGAAUCUCCAGGGACCAGAUGUACAUAGAGAUUUACAAAGAUUUUUAUAUUAAUUUAAUAAAACAGAUUCUUAAAUAGAACAAAAUAAACCCCUAAUGAGCCACUCGAGCCUGGAAUUUCUGUCCCCAUGCCCUUACCCUGGCCACGCUCAGUGCCAUGCCCCCAGGGCCUGGUCUGCCAACAUCCCGACUUCCUCGGGGGUCUGUCUCUGGAUACCUACCAGCAAUGUCCUGGCUCUGCCACUGGAUCCAGGUGGGGGCCCGAGCGCAGGUCCCCCUUUCCUGGUACCUCUGAAAGAUGAUCGUCCUUCCCCAAGGAGACACCCACCCCCCACCCGGCUGAGGUUCCGGCCACUCUCGGCACGACUCGCCCUCUAGAACCCCGGGUGAAGUUUCCUGGCCUCGGCAAUUCAUCCUGCAAAUACCACACACACUCCCGUUCCUCGGGCUGCAACUGCUCAGUGAUGGAAGAUGGGAGAGAGGAGGUAUAAGGGGACUCUGCUCCCCCAGGCCCCAUCCCAGGGGAAAGAGGAAGUGAGGAGGAGGGAGGGAGAAGAGGAGCCAGGGACUAAGGAGGGAAUGAAACCAGAUGGCGUAUGUGUGCGUGGGGGGGGGGGGGGAGGGGUGCAGAGUCGGAGAAAAGGAAAUACAGGCAAAGAAGGAAUCACGAAAUCCAGAUUUAGAACUGGGAGGAACCAGAGAAGUCAUCUAGUCUAAUCCCCUCAUUUUACAGGGGAGGAAACUGAGGCCCGGAGGUGAAAUGACUUGGCCAGGGUUAUACAGGUAGUAGCAUCCAAGGCAAAUCUGAAGCCAGACAGUCUGGCUCCAGACUCCAAAAGCUUCCCCCUGUCCCAUGCUGUCUGUAUGACAGCGAGGAGGAGAGGAGAGCUGGCAGGGAAGACUAGCAGCUUGCGUUCCUUCAUUUCCUAUGCCUCCCCCUCCAAGGUAGGGCCAAGACUCAAAGAAUAGACCAGAAACCCCAUUUCUUUGGG